AUGUGUGGUAUUCUGUUGCAUUAUAAUCCAAAUAUAGUCCAUGAAGACAGGUUCCUCGAAUUCAAUGAAGACGAAUGUAUCUCAGUAGACGAAAGUAAUGGAACGUCUGAAAUUUUUAAUGCUAUCAUACCUCAUAUUGCUAACAGGGGACCUAAUUAUUCCUCGUUAAGGUUAUCAGAAAAGUAUCAUACAGCCUGGUUUUCUUCUGUUCUGGCAUUAAGAUUACCUUUCACAAAGCAAAGUUUAUGUGUUGAAGACAGAUACGUGCUGCAAUUUAAUGGUGAACUUUACAAUAAGGAAAUCAAGCAGGAUCAAAAUGAUACGCAGUUCAUAGCAUCUCUUUUGAGUUCGAGCACUGAUGUUAUUCAUACUUUAACUCAGUUAGAUGGUGAGUUUGCUUAUACUAUAUACGAUCUUAGAGAAACUAAAAUAUACUUUGGCAGAGAUUCCAUCGGGAAAAGGAGCUUAUGUUUUAAAAUGGAUACCACUAAUGGACUUUAUGUGGCAAGCUGUACGGGAAAUAUUGAGGGUUUCGAAAACUGUCUUGGUGGUGUUAUAUAUAUAUUCGAUCUUAAUGAAAGAACAAUCUCUGAGCAUUCAAAAAUCAUACAAAGACAAUACGAAGUAGUCGACUUAAUUGAUGAGAAUAUGGAAACUUUAGACAGCAUGAAAGAAAAACUUUAUACGGUACUAAAUGAAUCCGUUUCUAAGAGAGUGACGUCUAUUCACCCAUUACAUAUUGAGAGCUCUCCCAUCUCGGUACUCUUUUCUGGUGGGUUGGAUUGUUCAGUUCUCGUUGCACUAAUUUGUGAACAGCUUAGAAUAUUUAAUCCCAAUACUACGGUAGAACUUCUAACUGUAGGAUUUGAAAACCCAAGGAUAGGAAUGCUACCUAAGGAUGUGCCUGACAGAAAGCUGGCGAUAUCAAGUAGUGAGGUUUUGAAGGGUUUAUAUCCGGACAUCGAUAUCAAACUAGUAUACAUCGAUAUUCCCUAUGAAGAAUACUUGAAAUAUAGACCAACAGUGAUAAAUUUGAUGUACCCCAAACAAACAGAAAUGGAUUUAUCGAUUGCCAUUGCCUUCUUCUUUGCCUCAAGAGGGUCCGGAUUUAUUGUUGAUGAUGUUACACGUGACGAAAUACCAUACCAAAGGAAAGGUAUUGUACUGUUUAGUGGUUUAGGUGCGGAUGAAUUGUACGGUGGGUAUCAUAAAUUUGUGAAUCGGUCUUUAGAAGAGUUAUCUGCCGAACUCACUGGUCAGAUUAACAAUAUUCAUGACAGAAAUCUGAAUCGUGAUGAUAAAGUGAUCGCUUCCAAUGGUGUUGAAGUCAGAUAUCCAUUUUUGGAUCACAAUGUUGUUCAAUUUUCGACACAAGAGAUACCGAUAAACUAUAAAGUUAAUAAAUUAAUCUUAAGAAAAGUGGCAUCAGACAUAUUACAUCUUGGAGGGAUUAGUACUGAACCAAAACGAGCCAUUCAAUUUGGUUCCAAGAGUGCCAAAAUGACAAAAGAUGGGAACAAACAUGGGACCGAUCUCCUAAAAUAG